AUGAAUACCCCAGGAAUGAAGAACGUUGAGGCUGCUUUCAACAAAGGAGGUGGAGCUGGUACGAGCAAACCAGGUCAUGCAAGCUUAAAAGACGACCCAGAGAGAAACAAUGUAAUGCUUCCUAUCCAGUUCAAUCUCAGAUAUCAUUUAAUAACCAUUUGCGGACAGCCGGAGGGAAGCAAACUCAACGGUGUUGCAGGAAUUGGGACGCAGAGCCACGAAGAGAACUAUGCAAAUCAGAUGAAAGAGGUGAAGUCUUCUGUCGCCCCCAUAAUCCCUGUGUAG